CAAUUUUCAAUUAUCUACUCCUCUCACCAUUCUACAAACCUACCAUCCAGUUUAACUAUCCUUUGCAAAAAUGGGCAAUGCUAUCAGUGCUUUGAUCGCCCCGAAUGAGGCAGCCGACGAGAACGAGAGGAAGAAGAAAGAGCAGCUGGAGCUGAUGAUGAAGCUCGCAGAUGCACGGCUCGACACAUUUCAAGGCGAGCUGGAGAAGAUGUUCUUGGACCGUGAGUCAGCGAUGAAGACCAGUGUUCCAGGAAAGAGAGCUUUGAGGUUUGAGCGUCAUGUCGCCGUCGAUGCUGAAAGCACUCCGGGAAAAGGCGUUGAGGAUGCCGUUGACGCUUUCUUUGGUGCUUCGGAGACCGGAACCAAAGGUGUUCUUGAUGGUUUCAAGUCUGUGGUCAAGACUGGUCUCUCUGCGAUUCUCGGUGACUCCUCCGCUGGAGAAAGCUACGAUAAGAAGUUCUUUGUUUGCAUGAAACAUAAUGCCAUCAUUCGUGUCGACAUGUAUACAUACAAGUAUACAUUUGGUAGCAAGGGAGUGGUUGACGUUCACAAGAACAUCUUGGCCUAUAUCCUGUGCAUCUCUGUUGUUGAUCAUAGAGAUGUAACCCUUGACGAGCUCAUCUACCUUGCUUCAGAGUUCGCUGGUGAUGGCGAUGUUGGCCCGGGCUCUGGAUUUGCGCAGUACCUGGAGAUGAUCAUGAAGACCUGGAACGCUCUUAGAGCCAUUGAUCCUCUGCCCGUCAGUGGAAGGCCGGCUCUGGAGUAUCCCGUUAAUCUUCAGCUACCUGUCAGGCCUGCCGCUUAGACCUAGCUUUGGCACUCAUGUCCUGUGUCUAUACUCAGGUAGUGGUUAUUAAAUUGAUCAAGUUUUCUUCGUACGAAGCGAGUAGCCUAACG